AUGUGCCGCUUCUACGCCCACACUUACCAGUGCCGACAUACCAAGACCAUUUUCUCUAAACAUUGUUCGAGGGCAGCCUUGAAGCAACAAGCAUGUCAAAGUGGAGACAUCUGCGCCGACGUUCAGCUCGACGAGAAAUGCUCGUCUUGUCACAAGCCUGUCAAGAUCCUCGUCCAGACAAGACUUACCAACGAAGAUAUCAGAUCUAUGAGAGCUUGA